AUGGGCGGCAUCGGUAGCACUGUGAUUGCUGGGACUGCCGUGGCAGCUGGGAGUGCUGGAGCAGGGGUGUGGAGUGGCAGGGGCACGGAUGGGGCAAAUGCGGUGCAGGGUGGGGGAGCAGGCAUGGAGCAUGGUGAGCUGGACGCAGCAGCCAUUGAGCGCAUGCUGCAGCUCUCAGAAGCCCUGCUCGGCCCAGAGGACCCUCCUCCGCAUGGCCCUCACAUUCCCCAUGGACACAGGGACCCUCAUCCGCAUGGCCCUCACAUUCCCCAUGGACACAGGGACCCUCAUCCGCAUGGCCCUCACAUUCCCCAUGGGCACAGGGACCCUCCCCCUAAUGGCCCUCACAUCCCCCAUGGGCACAGGGACCCUCCCCCUCAUGGUGCCAAUGCCCCUCGUGGCCGUGUGGUCUCUCACGCCUCUAAUGCCGCUGCAUUGGAGGAAGCCAGUGCGCUGCUGGCAUACGGUGAUUACCAGCGUCUGACUGCCGGACUGCCUGAUGCCAUGCCCAGCUCAGAGCCUAUCGUCGUGCCUAGCUCCCUGCAUGUCUCUCUGCCUGGCUCUGUGCCACACGCUGCUGCUGCUGCUGCUGUUGCUGCUUGUGAGGCUGUGUGCGGGCUUGCUGGCCUGGUACCACCUGUGUCCCCCUCGCCCUUGUGCAUGGGAGGGGAGCUAACAGUGCCUGGCAGCCAUUGCAUGCUGCCACCGGCAGUGUGCAUGGCGCCAUGUGAGCCGGCAUCGAGUGCUGUCAAUGCUCUCACCAUUGACGUUGCCCGGGAUGACCAGCAGCCGUGCUUUGAGGAACUGCUGUUCACCAUGUCUAGGCUCUGGUAG